CGCACGCGCGCUCCAAGCGCAAGGGCUAUUCAGCCGCCGCACACAAACAGUCACGGACCGACGGGUUUAAAGAACUGAGGAUUUAAAUUAAAUACCGAGUGUGAGAGACGUUGAGCCUUGGGUGAGGGAGGGAAAGAGACUGAUUUGUAUCUUCCCCAGAUCGGGAGGGGGAGGAGGCACGGAGAAUGAGCUAUUAUUGUACCAGCACAGAGGCUGUGUGUAAUAGCCAGGACGCACCUAACGGCAGUGCGAGGAAAGCAGCUACUAAUAAUACGAACCGUGGCAGCGAAGGUCUCGAGAGCAGCAGCAGCACUAGUUCACGGCAGUCGCAACCCCAACCGCUCGUGGCCAUGAAAGUGAAGAAAGGCUGCAACUCGACAGAUGCUGGGGUCCCGGUUACAAGUGAAGAAGAGUUGCUAAGAAACCCCGUAAUAUCGCCUGAGGAUGUACUUGGGUUACAAAAGAUCACCGAAAACUACCUAUGUUCCCCAGAGGAGAAUGUUCACAUGAUCGACUUCACACGGUUCAAGAUCCGAGACAUGGAGACAGGGACGGUGCUGUUUGAGAUCACUAAACCCCCUGUACCAGCAGGCGAAAAGAAGGAUUUUGACCCCAACGGAGGCCGCUUCGUCCGUUACCAGUUCACCCCUGCCUUCCUGCAGCUGCGCCAGGUCGGCGCCACUGUGGAGUUCACAGUGGGAGACAUGCCCAUCAACAACUUCAGGAUGAUUGAGAGGCACUACUUCAGAGAGCAGCUCCUCAAGAGCUUUGAUUUUGAGUUUGGUUUCUGUAUGCCCAGCAGCAAGAACACAUGCGAACACAUCUACGAGUUCCCCCCUCUGUCAGAGGACAUCAUGCGCGAGAUGAUCCUGCACCCAUACAAAACGCAGUCCGACAGCUUCUACUUUGUGGACAACAAGCUGGUGAUGCACAACAAGGCAGACUACUCCUACAGUGGGAGUCCGUAGGAGCACAGGACUUCCCUAGACACCUAGACCCACUCCAACUCUAACCCACCCCACCAUAGGACCAUGGACAGACAGACAGACAGACAGACAGACAGACAGACAGACAGACGAACGGAGAGACGUAUGGACGGACUGACAGGUCACAAGCAGCAGGACUGAUGGACAGCCUCGCACUCUCAGCAGCUUUAUUUUCUCCAAUCAGAAUUCCUCCAUUGCUUGUCAUCCCCUCAAUUGCAAUCCCCUACUCCAGUCUCUUUCAAUGACCUCUCAACUUUCUGUGUCUGAUAGAGAGUGUUAUAGAUGUGUACACAGUCUAGCAUACAUAAACACACACAGACCUUCACUAUGGGACACGUCUGAUGUGGCCUGAUCUAGACAAAAUAAAAGCACAACCAGUAGAGUAUAUAAGGGCCUGUAACAAUGAGUGAGAUUGAAUGUCUAGUCAGUGAGUUCUCAGUCAGUCAGCUAAAGAGAAAAAGAGAAAGGGAGAGAGAGAUAAGAAGAGACAGACAAAAUGAAGAGAGCGAGAAAGAGAGAUAGAGUGUCUGCUUUUCUGCACUUCAUCUCAUUGACAUUUACAGUACCAGUCAAAAGUUUGGACACACCUACUCAUUCAAGGGUUUUACGUGACUAUUUUCUACAUUGUAGAAUAAUAGUGAAAACAUCAAAACUAUGAAAUAACACAUAUGGAAUCAUGUAGUAACCAAAAAAGUGUUUAAAAAAGUUGCCACCCUUUUCCAGUAUGACAGGUUUGCACAUUCUUGGCAUUCUCUCAACCAGCUUCAUGAGGUAGUCACCUGGAAUGCAUUUCAAUAACAGGUGUGCCUUGUUAAAAGUUAAUUUCUGGAAUGUCUUGCCUUCUUAAUGCGUUUGAGCCAAUCAGUUGUGUUGUGACAGGUUAGGGGUGGUAUACAGAAGGUAGCACUAUUUGGUAAAAGACCAAGUCCAUAUUAUGGCAAGAACAGCUCAAAUAAGCAAAGAGAAAUUACAUUCCAUCUUUACUUUAAGACACGAAGGUCAGUCAAUGCAGAACAUUUCAAGAACUAAAAGUUUCUUCAAGUGCAGUCGCAAAUACCAUCAAGUGCUAUGAUGAAACUGGCUCUCAUGAGGACCGCCACAGGAAAGGAAGGCCCAGAAUUACCUCUGCUGCAGAGGAUGAGUUCUUUAGAGUUACCAGCCUCAGAAAUUGCAGCACAAAUGAAUGCUUCACAGAGUUCAAGUAACGGACACAUCUCAACAUCAACUGUUUAGAGGAGACUGCCUGAAUCAGGCCUUCAUUGUCAAAUUGCUGCAAAGAAACCACUACCAAAGGACACCAAUAAUAAGAAGAGACUUGCUUGGGCCAACAAAUAUGAGCAAUGGACAUUAGAUCGGUGGAAAUUUGUCCUUUGUUCUGAUUAGUCCAAAUUCGAGAUUUUUGGUUCCAAUCGCCGUGUCUUGAUGAGACGCAGAGUAGGUGAAUGGAUGAUCUCCGCAUGUGUGCUUCCCACCAUGAAGCAUGGAGGAGGAGGUGUGAUGGUGUGGGCGUGCUUUGCUGUUAUACUGUCAGUGAUUUAUUUAGAAUUCAAGGCACACUUAACCAACAUGGCUACCACAGCAUUCUGCAGCGAUACACCAUCCCAUCUGGUUUGCGCUUAGUGGGACUAUCAUUUGUUUUUCAACAGGACAAUGACCCAACACAGCUCCAGGCCGUGUAAGGGCUAUUUGACCAAGAAGAAGAGUGAUGGAGUGCUGCAUCAGAUGACCUGGCCUCCAAAAUCACCCGACCUCAACCCAAUUGAGAUAGUUUGGGAUGAGUUGGACCGCAGAGUGAAGGAAAAGCAGCCCACAAGUGCUCAGAAUAUGUGGGAAGUCCUUCAAGACUGUUGGAAAAGUAUUCCAGGUGAAGCGUGUUGAGAGAAUGCCAAGACUGUGCAAAGCUGUCAUCAAGGCAAAGGGUGGCUAUUUUGAAGAAUCUAAAAUAUAUCAUAUAUUUUGGUUACUACAUGAUUCCAUAUGUGUUAUUUCAUAGUUUUGAUGUCUUCACUAUUAUUCUACAAUGUAGAACAUAGUAAAACAUAAAGAAAAACCCUUGAAGGAGUAGGUGUGUCCCAACUUUUGACUGGUACUGUAGCUAUUUAAACAACAGAGACAGACAGACAGACAGACAGACAGACAGACAGACAGACAGACAGACAGACAGACAGACAGACAGACAGAUCAGCUGUCUGUCGCAUUACCAAGUGACACAGACACACAAUUCUCUGACAUCAUCAAAACAUGUAUUCUAGUCGAGCAAGCAGAACCUAUAUAUUUCUACUAGGGUUCUGCUACUUUUUUUUACUCUUAAAGAAAGUCAAAAAAUGUUUCUUGAAUUUCUAAUAAAUAGCUAUUAGCUCUGGAUGAUUCGUUGUCCCUGAAAGGAACAGUCCUGCUGUUUGAUGAGGUUCUUUGUUGAUCACCAUACCAGUAGAAACCAGUUGAAUCCCAUUAGCAUACAGUACAUCGUAGAAUGGAACAGGUACUCUUUUAAUGUGAAUGUCGUAUUAGGGCUGGAAAAUUCUAGCUUUUCCAAAAUUCCCUGGUUUUCCAGACGUCCCUUUUGGAGGAUUCCUGGAUUUCUUAUUCCAGCCUGAUUCCAGGAAUUUUCCAACAUGGAUUUUUGGAAAAACUGUGAAUUUUAGGAAAGUUACUGGAAUUUUGCAACCCUAGUCGUGUUUAUUUACGUAUACUCAUAGUUUUAUCUUCUAAAGUAUUUUUUUAAGUAGCCACUUUGACGAGUUAAAAGUAGGCGAAGGAUAGUCAUAUAUGAACUCAAAACCAGAUAUUCAUUUUGAUAUCCAGCUCAUAUUUAGUCUCAAGAGAUCUGCAGAUGUAUUUAUAAGAAAUGUGGUUAUUGUAAAUUAAAAUGAUGUAAAGUUUGGACAGUUGAAAUGCCACUCAGAGAAAUAAAUAUAUGUGAUUUUUUUGGGAAGUCUUGAAAU